AAGCGCGAGAUGUGGCUGUCAUCAUGUGUCAUGCUGUUUGGCUGGCGGUCAGCUGACAAACCAGUUCUGCUUGUGAUGUUUACUUUCUUUCUGUAGCGUUUUUACCUGCGAUUCUUUAUUCCUUUGAAUGAAUGCAUGGCUAUGCUUCGACCAAAAGAAUCAUGGUAGUCGUGAACUCGGUGCUGAAGCUGUUGCAGAGGCAGACGUACACCUGUCUGUCCCACCGAUAUGGACUCUACCUCUGCUUCGGGGGGCUCGUGCUCAUGAUUGUUUCCGCAUUUCAAUUUGGAGAGGUGGUGGUGGAGUGGAGCCGGGAUCAAUAUCAUGUGCUGUUUGACUCCUACAGAGACAAUGUUGGUGGGAAAUCAUUCCAAAGCAGGCUCUGUCUCCCCAUGCCUAUCGAUGUGGUGUACACAUGGGUGAAUGGCACAGACGUGGCUCUGCUGAAGGAACUGAAGGCUGUCAAAGAGCAACUGCAAGAAGAACAAAGAGCUCUGAGAGAACGCCUGGAGAAAAACGCAACUGAUACCACUGAAGUGCCAAAAGACAGUGUCAAGCCUGAAUGCCUGCUGUCCCACUGCAUUAUAGCACCGAUGCUGGCGCUUGACCCGGCUCUGCCAGCCAACGUUACUCUGAAAGAGCUGCCGACGUUCUGCCCCUCCUUCUCUGCCGCUAAAGAGCUGCUGUACAUGAGCAAGCCCUUCCACCCGCCCACCACUGUUUCUGUGGUUGUCUUCCACUCGCAGGCUGAUGCUGAUAAAGCGUAUACCGACACGUCCAGACAAGCCCGUAAAUUGUCCGUGUCCAGAUGUUACCUGACGACAGAUAAAGAGGCUCCAGGUCUGAUCCGCAUGCAGUCCCUGGCUUAUCUGAGCGGCUUCCCGCCGUCCUUCAAGGAGACGGAGCAGCUGCGAGUUAAACUGCCCGCGGCCGUAACCAGCAAGAUCAAACAGUUUGAGUUGUACUCGGAGGCCAGCAUCGCUCUGCUCCACCUGAAGAGCCCGCAGGAUUUCUCAGAUCUGACCCAGCAGGCUAAAAAGAACCUGACCUUGGAUGGGAAAGAGUUGACCAUCAGCCCAGCCUACUUGUUUUGGGACCUCACUGCCAUCUCACAGUCUAAACAGGAUGAAGACGUAUCGGCCAGUCGAUUCGAAGACAACGAAGAGCUCCGCUAUUCGCUACGCUCUGUGGAAAAACACGCCCCCUGGGUGCGCCACAUCUUCAUUGUCACUAACGGGCAGAUUCCUUCCUGGCUCAACCUGGAUAAUCCCAGAGUUACAGUUGUCUCGCAUCAGGAUAUCUUCUUGAAUGACAGCCACCUUCCCACCUUCAGCUCCCCGGCCAUCGAGACCCACAUCCAUCGCAUCCCGGGACUCUCCCAGAGGUUUAUUUACCUUAACGAUGACGUCAUGUUUGGCAAAGACGUGUGGCCGGACGACUUCUACAGCCACUCCAAAGGGCAGAAAGUGUACCUCACCUGGCCUGUUCCCAACUGCGCAGAGGGCUGUCCUGGAUCCUGGAUCAAGGAUGGAUAUUGUGACAAGGCUUGCAACAACUCUGCUUGCGACUGGGAUGGAGGGGACUGCCUCGGUGUGGCGGGCAACGGCCGGUUCCCUGUGGGCAUCGGCGGAGGUGGGGCGGGUGGAGCUGGUGGACAGGCCUGGCAGUUUGCGGGCGUUCUCGGAGGCCUUGGGGGAACGUUGUACUGCAAUCAAGGCUGUGCCAAUUCCUGGCUAGCGGACAAGUUCUGCGACCAGGCCUGCAACGUCCUGUCCUGCGGCUUUGAUGUGGGCGACUGUGGUCAAGAGCACUUUGAUGAGCUGUACCAUGUGAGCCUGCUCAGUACCCAGAGCCUUUACACUCUUCCCGUGGGUGAGAUCAGACCGUAUUUUAGCUUUGAGAAACUGGCCCGCAGAGUGUCUGAGGCCCACGUCAGCGACAACCCGGUUGUGCGCCACACCUCCGUUGCCAACAAGUGGAAGACCAUCCACCUGCUGCUCCACCCGGGCCACAAUGCCACACAGAUCCAGUACAAUGUUACCUUCCAGAAGGAGGAUGACACGGAGUUCACAAUGAGCUUCAGUGUAGCUGUUGACACCCGAGAGCCCCCACAGACCAAUGUAUCCCAGACUGCCAGCAAAGAUGGAGGAAAAGAGCUCAAGCCCACCCCAACCCCGGAGCCAGUCUUUCCUUUCUCAGAUGUUCCUGAGGACAAGCGAGGACCCAAGAUCCAGAAGAGGCACCCUGGAAAACCUCAGGUUGUCAUAGAGGUUCCCUCAUUAAACGUGUCACUUCUACCAGCUUAUGUGCAUAGCGAGCUUCAAAAGCUUGAAGAAAAACUUCUUAUUGGUGACAUUACCCUCAAGGGUUAUAACCUCACCAAGGCUGAACUUCUGAAACCUUACAAGUCAAUGGCUGAGAAGAAGUAUAACACCGAUUUCAAUCCAGGCCCAAUGCAAGGGAAGCCCUAUAAAGACUUGGAAGGAAUCCAGUUGGAAGGAAAACCUCCAGUGAAAGCUGAAAAUAUAAUUCCCCAAAACUCAGAAGAAACCUCCAGAAAAGUUUUGACUGCUCAAAAUAACCCCCCUGUCGUCCCUGUGCAAGUUGAUGAUGAAUUCAAAGGUUUUGUCACCCGUGAGCCAUAUGCUAUCAAUGCUGCAAUUGAGAGGCCACUGACUUCAAAACUUCUAAGCAGCAUUUCCCAAAAAAAGAGUGCAGAAAUUCCUGAGCCAGCGAACCCUCCUCCAAUCGGGAGGAGGCUGCAGCAUUACGUGUCCUCCGACCGGGGCUUCCUGCCAUGGGAGAGAAGGAAAUAUUUCCAAGCCUUACUUGAGGAGGAGGAGCGCCUUCAGAGAGCGCUGUCAUACGAGGCCGAUGGAGCAGCUGCGGCCAGAAAGCUGCGGGACACCUUUGCCGACUCGCUGCGUUACGUCAACAGGCUGCUCAACGGCCAGUUUGGCUUCACGUCCCGCAAAGUGCCGGCGCACAUGCCGCACAUGAUCGACCGGCUCAUCAUGCAGGAGCUGCAGGACACAUUCCCAGAAGAGUUUGACAAAACAUCCGGCCACCGCGUUCGGCACCCCGAGGACAUGCAGUUUGCCUUUUCAUACUUCUACUUCCUAAUGAGCGCCCAGCAGCACCUCAACGUCUCGGACGUGUUUGACGAGAUCGACACCGACCACUCGGGGGUUUUAUCCGACCGAGAGAUUCGCACUCUCGCCACAAGAAUCCACGAGCUUCCCCUCAGCCUCCAGGACCUGACAGGUCUGGAGCAGAUGCUGAUAAACUGCUCUAAGACAUUGCCCACCAACUUAACCCUGCUCCAUCUGGUGAGCCCCACUCAGGAGGCCUACUAUGACCCCAGCAUGCCGCCUGUCACAAAAGGCCUCGUCCUCAACUGUAAACCGAUCACAGAACAGAUUCACAAAGCUUUCAAAGACCAGAACAAAUACAAGUUCGAGAUAAUGGGAGAGGAGGAAAUAGCUUUCAAGAUGGUGCGGACCAAUGUGUCCCAUGUGGUCGGCCAGUUAGACGACAUCAGGAAGAAUCCCAGGAAGUUCAUCUGUCUGAAUGAUAACAUCGACCACAGCCAUAAGGAUGCUGCCACGGUGAAGGCUGUGCUCAGAGACUUCUAUGAGUCCAUGUUCCCUUUGCCAUCCCAGUUUGAGCUUCCCAGAGAAUACCGCAAUAGGUUCCUGCACAUGGAGGAGCUCCAGGAUUGGCGGGUGUAUCGAGACAAGCUGAAGUUCUGGACCCACUGUGUCCUCGUGACUCUGGUCGUCUUCACAGUCAUUUCCUUCUUUGCAGAACAGCUCAUCCUGCUGAAGCGAAAGCUUUUCCCCAGACGCAGAGUGAACAAGGACAGCAACUCUGAGCGGGUGUGAGAGACUUCAUUUUCUGAACUCUCCCUUCCACUCAUCACCCUCUCCUCUGUAGCACCGGGCCAGGAGCAGAUCCAGACCAGGUGACUUGGUGGAAACAGGAACCUGGGAGCCUCAGUGCGGAGUGGGACUGCCUUAAAUGGAGGUGUAUUUCAGAUGGAGAGGACUUUUUUUUUGUUUUUCUUUAGUUUUUUAAAGCAGAAUUGGGCUGACCACUGAAAUGAACAGCAGCCAGACAGAAGAAGCCAGUAUAUUUUAUUUUCCUCCAUUUGGGGCAUCGGAGGCCUCUUCUUAAAACAACACUCCCCAGUUCUGGCACCAGGCAGAUAGACGCACUGUUAAAGCAGAUGCUUCAUCGCAGCUGGUUUUUAUCAUUCCAUAAAGUGCACCGAUAAUUUUCAGUGGUGCUAACUUCCAAAAUGUUCUGCUUCUGUUUUAUAUUAUGAACCUAAAUACAUUUCGUUGAACAGAUAUUUAAAGAUGUCACCUUUGCUGCUGGGAAAUUGUGAUGACCUGUCCCUUUUUUUUGGAGUGUAUAGAGCUGAACAAAUAUCACUAUUUCAAAUAUCACCGAAAUAAACAUUUUACUGACAUAGUAGGGAAUGAUACAUGUGGAUGAAGAAUAGAAGUAAUUCAAGAUGGGCUUUUGUACCCUUUUCUGCCAUUUUGAAAAAACCUAAAGUGCCUUUGUCCUUCAUUCAUGCUAGUUUUUGUUAAUCUGUUGCAUCUUGAGAUGUUUUGAAUAUUGGCCACAUCGCAUUUGAAGUCAUGGUUUACAGUUGAAAUGAACAGGAUACAAAAUGUUCUUUUUGUUGUUAUCAGUGCGGUACAUUUGUGUUGGACUGUUCGAGCUCCAUGUGACACUGCAGCUUUCACAGCCGCUUGUAUGUGUGUCCCUGUGGGAUUCGACAGGCUCGCUGCUGUCUGAAAUUCAGACCCCCUCAGCAUGUUCUCUAACUUAUUUUGAUUGUAGUGUUGUGACAGUGAGACCAGCGACUGGUGGAUCCCAUUCGAAUGCCAGAAUGUUGAUGUUGCCGCAUUAAUUGCUUGCCAUCUGUGUGAAAUAUGCGAAUGUCAGUUUUACAACAUUCUCUGUUAGUUCGUUGGCAGAAACUAGGAAGCCGUCAGCUGAUUGCCACUGUGGUCUGAGUCAUGGGAUGUCAGUAAAUGAUGCGGGCAAGAUGCUGAGUAAUUCAUUUGGGAAUGGGAAUUGCUCAGAUUGCAUCAGUGGAUCCUCUGACUGAAAUAAAGGUUUCUUGGUUCAGUUAUCCUUGCGGCCAUGUUUUCACUUUGAGUGUCAACUUUUCAAGAGGUGGAACAUAGUUUUCCCAACCAUUUUAGCCCUGCUACUUUUGAUUGUUACUUAUGUUAAAAUAGAAACAUUUGCUCCUUUCAUGUUUUAUGAUAAAACAUAUUAAUGUUCCCGGUAAAGUUUUUUUUGUUGCUUUUUUUGUUUCAUAACUUGUCAGAUGCUUUUUUUGUAAUUGCUGUGAUGAUCUGCCUGUAAUUCUCUUCACCUCCUGUGGAUUUGAAAGGAAGCCAAAAACAUGUGCAGUUGUGGACUAUUACCCCUUUGGAUUUCAGCAAGCAAACAUAACUGCUGUGUCAAAAUCAAGCAACCAACUCCACCCUUUGCCCUUUCCCAGUCUUAAGGAGCCUCCUGAGACGAUUACACAGCCUGUUCAGGGUCUUUACUCAUCUGUGCUGUCUUGUUAACUUUGCAUUUGACUGAUGAGUUUAGAACUAAUCCUGUCUCUUCUAUCAGCUGUCACAUCCCCCGUAAAGCUGUGUGACCCAGAUCCAGCCUGCAGCUUCACAGGCUGUGUGUGUUUCCUUUUCCACUCCACCCUGGAAGAAGUUGGUUGGGGUUUUAUCCAUCCAUGUAAUUUUUCGCAAAACCUAAGUUAUACUAAUGUUUUCCAACUAAAGUCGGCCUAAUCUUUCCUUUGUAAUGACAUCGCCUUUCCCCACUUUCACCGUUUCAUCACCGACAGUAUU